UCAACCACAAUGUCCAAGUCGGCCUUCACCCUCGGCCUUCUUCUCGCCUGCUUCCAAUAUGGAGGCUCUGCUGCACCAACAUGGCCUGCAUCUACGGAUGAACUCGAAGACAUCCUUUUUCUCACCUCGGGGUAUCGUGCCUCUGGAUUUGCGACCUUGGUUACGCCUUGCAACAAGGAGUUUGAAACUGGCCGCAUCACUUCAGCGGCAUGGCUGAGGACAGCGUUUCACGACAUGGCCACCGGGAACGCCUUCACCAGAGUGGGUGGGCUCGAUGGCUCUCUUCAAUUCGAGUUUACUAAUGGGGAGAGCGACGGGAAAGCCUUCCCUACUUCUCUAGCCAUGUGGGGUUCUUUUCUAUCGAGCAAGACGUCGUUAUCAGACGUGAUCGCAGCCGCAGUGUAUACAUCAACCCGAUCUUGCGGUGGUCUUCCAGUACCGAUACGAGGUGGACAUGUUGAUGCUACUGGAUCAGGGCAAUUAGGCGUUCCCCAACCUCAAAACACUGCACAAACCUUCGAACAGCAGUUUACGAGAAUGGGAUUUAACAAGACUGCCAUGAUUCAGCUGGUUGCAUGCGGACAUACAUUGGGCAGUGCACAUGCACCAGAGUCUCCGCAAAUAGUACAAGCCGGAACUCUCCCUCUAGAUACUACGCCCUCAACAUUUGACAGUAAAAUUGCUACCGAAUAUGUGUCAGGUACCACGAAAAAUCCUCUCGUGGUGGGCAUUUCAGUCAAUAGUCAAAGAAACUCUGAUCGCAAAGUGUUUGGAUCUGACAACAACGCCACCAUUGGAACCCUCCAAGAUACCCAAACCUUCUCACGUGUAUGCCAAUCUCUUUUCCAACAAAUGAUAGAACUAGUACCUGCGGGGGUCACGCUGUCGGACGUCAUUGCCCCUUACGAUGUCAAGCCGUACGAUAUACAGCUCACACUUCUAGAUGGCGGGGAGAAGUUGAAGUUCACGGGCGACAUCCGCAUUCGCACUACACUACGUAAAAAUGUGGCCCAAGUACAGCUUGUAUACAAAGAUCGGACUGGUGCAGCGGUUUCCACCCCCAUUGGUACCACCGUGAGUGGUACGGCCUCUGGAUUUGACGACACUUUCCUCUUCUUCGGAUUUUCCACAGAAAUACCUUCAGGUACAUCGAUUUCUUCAUUUGAUGUUGUUGUCACCGUGGCGGGUGGCACAUCUCAAACAUUCAAUAACAACGGCAAUAGCUUCAAAGUUGACGAUACCCUCUUCUACCAGGCGCCUCAAAGCUGCGUUGUUCCGAAUAAUGGCAUUCGUGUUGCAGCUGCACGUCGUAUUUCUGCUCAAAGUACCCCGAGUCUUCGAGUAGUUGAGAAGAAACCCAAGGCCAGCCCAAACCCAGUCCCUUCUUUAGCGAUCAGUAACAUCGCGUUGAACGAGGCGCAAGGCGGGUCCAAUGAUUACGUUAUCUCCACUGCGACAUACGUUUUGGCAUCACCUGGAACUCCCGCUAUGUUUGGCGUGUAUGCAGGUGCUUUGGUAGAUGUAUCUAAGAGUACUGAUAGUCUCCCGACCACCUGCAAACCUUUCAAUGCCUCCCCAUCACCUACGGAGCCCUCGUCGCCAGCCUUCGCAUAUCAAGGGUGCUAUUACGAUGCGGCAGUUCCCCGCGCACUUCCUUCAGAGUUUCUUGUCAAUGACAACAUGACAAUAGAGCGGUGCUCGGCCUUCUGCACCAAAUAUCAGCUAUUCGGUCUCGAAUAUGGACGAGAAUGUUACUGCGGCGAUAAGCUUGAUAGUACGAGCACUAUCCAGGCGAUCUCAGAUUGCAAUAUGCCUUGUAGUGGGAACCAAACGGAAACCUGCGGUGCUGCAAGUCGCUUGAGUCUGUACAAGAAUCUGAAAUACGUUCCGCCGUCGUCAACAUCCCCAACAUCAACCCCAACGGGAACUCCCAGCACAUCUUCUACUCCUACGCCGACGUCUACGCCAUCGCUUCAGGGAUAUGACUACGUGGGGUGUCUUUCCGAUGCUGUAGAAAAUCGGACGUUGCACGACAAAUUCGAAACCAAGUCCGACAAUAGCUAUACUGCAUGUGCGGCGUUCUGUUCUGGUUACGAGUUCUUCGGUGUUGAAUACGCUGCUGAAUGCUACUGCGGUAUAAGCCUCGCAUACACCGACCCCAAACCUCUCUCCGACUGCUCCAUGCCUUGCACAGGCGACCCCAAGUCUUACUGCGGCGCCGGCAACCGCCUCACCGUCUUCAAAAAUAAAACCCCCAUCCGCGCCCCAACCAACCCACCCAUCGAGGGCUACAAGUACAAGGGCUGUUACACCGAUAGUGUCAACAAGCGCACGCUCAGCGAGCACAUCUACUUCGACGCCGCCAUGACUGUGGACAAGUGUGCCGCGCAGUGUACCAGCUACAAGUACUUUGGCACCGAGUACGGCGGCGAGUGCUACUGCGGGAACAUGCUGUCUGCGGAUACCGCGACGGCUGCGGAGUCAGAUUGUCAGUUCUUGUGUGGUGGGGAUAAGCAACAGCUCUGCGGUGCUGGCGAUCGACUCAGUCUCUACGAGAAGAGCAGUUGA